UCAGUGGGUGUGAUUUCAUGCCUUAUGAUACCACGAAUAGUGUGUAGUAGAUCAAGAUCUCUAUCUCUUCAGUUCCUGAAUCUACACCUCCCCAUCACUACUACUAUGGCUCUUGUUACUGACUGUGUUGAUAAUUCAGCUACUAAAAGGCUCAAAGUCGAGCACUCUAAUGGAGACAGCAAUUCAGUCGAGCACUCUAAUGGAGACAGCAACUCUACUGUCCCACUGAGGGUCAUGAAACUAACAGAGUACGCUUAUCUGCCAACAAGAGGCUCCUCUGAAGCAGCUGGCUAUGAUUUGUACAGUGCAUAUGAAACUGUAGUUCCAGCUGAAGGCAAAGCAGUCGUUAAAACGGACAUAGCCAUAGCCCUCCCUCCUUACUGUUAUGGAAGAAUCGCUCCACGUUCAGGAUUAGCAUGGAAGCAUCACAUUGAUAUUGGAGCUGGUGUUAUUGAUAGAGAUUACCGUGGUAAUGUUGGUGUCAUUAUGUUCAAUCUGUCUAAGGUAGAUUAUCAAGUUCAUAAAGGUGACAGAAUAGCUCAACUGAUAUUAGAACGAAUCCUGAUAGCAGGCAUUGAAGAAGUUGAUAAUUUGGAUUCAACAGAGCGAGGCUCUGGAGGAUUUGGCUCAACAGGAAAAAACUAAAACAAUAAUAAUAAGAGAGACUGAUACAGUACAUUACUAUCCAAACAUGUUUGUCCAUUAAAUAAUACAUUAUUUGUUCUUAAGAUGGCUCUUGUUGUAAGAA